AGUCAUCGUUGCUUCCCAAUUUCACAUGUUGUUUUAUGCGUCACGGACCCUUCCUAACACAUUCGCCUUUAUUUUUGGUCUGUACGGAAUUUUAACAUAUUUCAUAGAUGUUUGGAAAACCGUUAUGAAAGUGCGGUUCGAUGGGCAACUGUGGCUGUCGUGCUAUUCAGGUGAGAACAGCGUGGAGCUGGGAGGAAUCUGCAAAGAAACAUGUUACAGAUGCGAACUUGUGUUGCUAUUUGCUCCUAUAUUUUUGCGAGUCAUCGUCACUGGAAGACUGCCUCUUUUCGGAUGGGAUGGAGCUUUAGUGAACGGAUUGAGAACUGCUGUCAAAGUGCUUGGUAUGUCCCACUUUUUUACUAGAAUAGUGGCUUUUUCAGCAGUAACUAUUCCUUUGGACUCUCUGUUUUGGGGACGUCUUGUGUAUCCUGAAUUUGAAGUGGCGUUGUUCAAUGUUCUAUAUAACAGAAGCCAUGAGUAUGGGGUUCAUCAUGUACUCGUUUCCACUGAUCAACUUGUCGGCAGCUGUUUUUUGCGCAAGAAUUUCUUUCAAGGGAAGAUCAUUAGGUACAUCAAUCGCGAGAAGUCUCUGGUUCGUCGUCUGCUUUAUUAUGGAUGCUGUUUACACAUUGUUGCCAAUCUCCUGGCCACAGCCGCUUUCCUCUAUGCUGGCGCCAGGAACUACCCAGGUGGAGAUGCCAUAGCUCACCUUCAGUGGACUCAACGAGUUGACGCUCAGAAACCGAUCUCUGUUUACGUCGAUAAUGCUUGCGCUCAGACUGGAGUCAGCCGAUUCAUGCAACUUUACGAUGCUUGGGAGUAUAAUAAGACUGAGACGCUAAAACCGUCUGACAUGGAACGUUUCGAUUUUCUCAUGAUUGGCACAUAUUCGGGAGAUCUCAAGCAGAUUGUGCAGGCAAACUACUCGACUCAUCAUCGGGUGAUGUUUGCCGUGCCAGCAUUCCAUCGCUUCAACAUCAAGAAGACGUCUACCUUUCCGUUCUACUAUCCUGAAAUGGUGUUUAGGGAGAAAGUGGCAGUACUGAGGAAGAAAUAA